AUGUCCUGUAUACUUGACUCAUCUUAUCUCACUCGACCGAUAUCCCAAAGCCAUAUCCAGACUCCACAGAGAGGUAACACACUGAAAUUCAUUCAUCCAAAAGCUCGCUCGUCGGCGCAAAAAGCUAAAAUGGCAGCUCUAGCGCAGCAAAUUGGUGGAUUGAGAUGCCCACCAAUUUCAACUGUUGAAGGGAAGACUUCGGGGAGGCGUUACUGUAAUGUGCUGCCUAAAAGGAGAAGUGUAAUUUCAGCAGCCGCUGUUGCUAUAGCGAAUGCGGAGACGAGAGAGAGAAUGAAGCUGAAGGAGAUGUUCGAGGAGGCGAGUGAGAGGUGCCGUAUGAUGCCAGUGGAAGAUGUGGCCUUCACCAUCGAAGAUUUUCAAACUGCCGUCGACACGUACGACUUCGAGUCUGAAAUUGGCGCUAAGGAUACGCUUGCAUUUGCAAGUUCUAUUUUUGGUCUGUGGGUGUUGAAAAUUGGCCGUGGUAUUAGCGGAGUUACCAGGCGUGUCAAAGGAACAGUUUAUAGCACAGAUGCAAGUGGAGCAUUUGUUGACAUAAACUCGAAAGCAUCAGCUUACUUACCUUUAAUUGAGGCAUCCAUCCACAACAUCAAACAUGUGGAAGAGGCUGGCAUAGUUCCUGGUUUCUGUGAAGAAUUUUCAAUUGUUGAGAUUGAGGAAGAUGAUAGCUUGACCUUGAGCCUUAGUUCGAUCCAGGAUGACCUCGCCUGGGAACGGUGUAGACAACUUCAAGCAGAAGAUGCUAUUGUCAAGGGUAAGGUAGUUGGCGCUAAUAAAGGUGGAUUGGUGGCAGUUGUGGAAGGUCUUAGUGGUUUUGUUCCAUUUUCACAAUUUUCAACAAAUUCAAGUGCAGAGGAGCUUUUGGAGAAAGAAAUUCCUCUAAAAUUUGUAGAGGUUGAUGAGGAAGAGUCGAGGCUAGUCCUCAGUAAUCGCAAGGCUGUAUCUGAUAGUCAGGCCCAGCUUGGAAUUGGUACUGUUGCGAUUGGCACUGUUCAGACCUUGAAACCUUAUGGUGCAUUUAUAGACAUUGGUGGGAUUAAUGGCCUUUUGCAUGUGAGCCAGAUUAGCCACGACCGUGUUGCGGAUAUUGCUACAGUGCUUCAGCCUGGUGAUACUUUAAAGGUUAUGGUUCUAAGCCAUGACCGUGAGAGAGGCCGAGUAAGCCUGUCAACUAAGAAGUUAGAACCUACUCCUGGUGACAUGAUUCGCAAUCCCAAGCUUGUUUUUGAAAAGGCUGAAGAGAUGGCUCAGACUUUCAGGCAAAGAAUAGCUCAAGCAGAAGCCAUGGCCCGUGCUGAUAUGCUAAGAUUCCAACCUGAGAGUGGUUUGACAUUAAGUUCUGAAGGAAUCUUAGGGCCAUUGACUUCAGACCUGCCGGAAGACGGUUUAGACUUGAGUGAUAUCCCUCCAGCUGACGAUUGAAAACAAGCUGCACAUUCUCAAAUUUCUCUAUCUCAAAAUAUUGGUUUUACCAACAUUUUCAUGAAUCCCUUACAACUGUGUUGUUUGGUAAUGAUUGAUCUCUGCUUUCAACAUUAUUCUUCAAAAUAUUUAUAUUUAUUCCCUCGUGUAUUGUAUAUCAAUCAAAUAUGAUGCCUUUUUCAACUUACCGUAAAAAGUAAAAUGGAG